UUACACACACACAACAAACAUUGUAAAUCCUUUUAAUAAUUUUGUUUUUUUCGUGUGUCUGGUUUUUCGUAUUUAUGUGUCGCCUCUACUAGGUCGUUGUUUCAUUGUUGAUCGUCGACUUGUGAGAAACAUGAAUGAAUACUUAGAUAAUGCCAGGCGCAGCAUUCAGCGGGCGAUGAACAGCAGCUACCACUCCCUAUCGACGGUGGCCAGCACGGCCGGUGGCCUGGCCGCCACCGGCGGGAUCCAACUAAUAGGCCGCCUGCUGGGCCUGAAGGCCCAGGUCUCAACGGAGUCAAUGGCCGGCCUGCAAACGACGUCAAGCUCGGAUCUGGGCUCGCCGUCAACGGGGGCGUUCGAUGAGCAGCAAAGGCGACUGAUCAGCGUGGUAUGCGGGUUUCCCAAGGACAUCGUCAUGUAUCCCGAUUAUGUGAAGGGGCAGUUCGGCGAGGAUGCCUGGUUCAAGACCUCCACCUCGAAGGCGGAUACGCUGGGCGUGGCCGACGGCGUCGGCGGCUGGCGUGUAUAUGGCAUCGAUCCGGGCCUGUUCAGCCGCUUCCUGAUGCGCUCCUGCGAGCGCCUGGCCCACACCGCGGACUUUGAGUCGACGCGCCCCGAGCUGCUGCUCGCCCGCGCCUACUGCAAUCUGCUGGAGCAGAAGCAGCCCAUCCUGGGCAGCUCCACCGCCUGUGUGCUGACGCUGCACCGCGAGAGCGGCACCCUCUACGCGGCGAACAUCGGAGACAGCGGCCUGCUGGUCAUACGCAACGGGGCCGUGGUCUGCCGCUCCGAGGAGCAGCAGCAUCACUUCAAUACGCCGUACCAGCUGGCCGUGCCGCCCCCUGGACAGGGGCUCAACGUGCUGACCGAUGGGCCCGAGUGCGCCGCCCUCCUGGAGUUCGACAUGCAGCCGGGCGAUCUACUGCUGCUGGCCACAGACGGUGUCUACGACAAUGUGUCCGAGGAGCUGCUGCUGCAGGUGCUCAGCCAUGCGGCCGGCGUCACAGAUCCCAUCAAGCUGCAGACGUACGCCAAUUCGGUGGCCCUGAUGGCCCGCUCGCUCAGCUUCAAUCCCCACCACGAGUCGCCGUUCACCCAGAAUGCCAGGCGCCACAACAUCGAUGCGCCUGGCGGCAAGCCGGACGACGUAACCGUCAUCCUGGCCAGCGUUGUUUAACUGGCCAGCUUGAUUGGGAUGCUGGCUCUGAUGCAAUGCACUUUGUGAUACUGCAGUAACUAUCUCAUUAAAAGGAAUGCCGGAAUGCCCCACAGUCAC